AUGAGCUGGGAGGCAGCAAGUGGUGCUGAGAUUUUGGUCCUACUCUGGGUCUUUACACUAACAUGGUCCUGCAAGGGCUUGUUCUGGCCUUUCUUCUGGUCCUUGCACCUCUGAGCGCCACGCAGGGAGAGGAAGAGCCUGGUCCUAAAGCUCAAGGAGUGCCCCAGAAAACAGAAGCGUGCCAACAUCCCCAGUGGGAUCAAAGACUCCAACUGGUACCGGACCGUGUGACUUACCAGAAGAAUGAAGAGGUGGUGCUGAGCUGCCCUGAGGGUCUGCAGCCAUCCUUUACGGAGGUCAAAUGUGCCAGUGAAGUCUGGUCCGUGAGUCAUGGGAAACCUGUGUACAGAGAAGUCUGGAUGGGGAGAAACGGCACAGGUGGCUGGAUCCGCAUUCGGUCUAAUGUGGAGUGCAUUGAACUUCUCCAAGUUGUCCCUGGGUCCUGGGAGGUUUCCGCCACCAGCAUCAAACUGAACUGGACCUGCAGGUUCCCUGACGCCUGUCAGCACAUGCGGGCCACGUGCCAGCUUGUCGGGCCUGCCUUCCCUACCUGUGAGGCUGAGGAUGUCAGGGGAGAGAAGCUGCUACGGGGCCAGAAGGGAACGUUUACCUGCGCCCCUCUGCAGCCCUUCACAGUCUACAGCAUCACCAUCUCCUUGCCCCCCAGCACAGUCCUGUUCACAUGGCAAUUCCAGACAGAGGAAAUGGUGCCGGACAAACCAGAGAAUUUGUCACUGGAUCCCAGCACCGGGUCACUCAGGUGGAACGCGCUGCCCUCCUGCAAAGGGGAGAUCCUUGGAUACCAGCUGGGCAUCACAGCCAGGAGCACGCGUGAGGGCAGCUUCCUGGAGAUUGAGCGGCUGAGACUGAACAGCUCUGUCACCGAGUACAGGCUGCCAGACUACCGACAGACCACCGCCCCUCUCAACGUCAGCUCCCGCGGUGCUCGUGACAUCUCCCGGUCCCAAGGCACGGCCGUGCUUCCCCUCCGCCCCAUCACCCAGCCCCACGAGGCAGUGAGGGAGCACCAGCUCAUCGUUGCUGCCAACCAGGACGCCGCUGCCGUGGCAGGCGCAGAGAAGUUCACCUGCGUUUGCUACAGCUUCUCUGUUGCUGCAGGGCAAGCCACAGCCCCAUGGCCUUGGACUGCGGUCACAGUGGUUCUUGUGCUCUUUGUGUUGGCCUUCCUGAUUGCAGGGAUCCUGUGGUUUGUGCUGUCCAGGAAAAAGAAGGCCUUAAUCAGCCAAGCUGAGGAGAACAAGUAAAAAGGAUCACAGGAGACAGGCGGAGGAGUAAGGGAGUAGAAAAGAGGAAGAAGAUGUCCCUGGCUUCGUGCUAAUGGCAGCUGACUCCUCAGACCCUCCUGUGACUGUGACCAGCCCUGGGAGCCCUCAUCCAGUUCAGCAGAGCAAAGGAAAGGCUAUCAUCUUUCUCUUCCUUAAACCUUCUACCUUGCCCCAUCCUUCACUCAGUGAUCUUGUAAUGGCUAGCAUAUUUUGAUGAGACUUCUUAUAGCCUCUUUUUUGUGGCUUUGUU